AUGCGACCCAUCACCACAGCUGUGGCUGGCCUUGGUGUGCUCUCCCUGGCAGCCGCGGAGCAUAACCAUCACCACCACCACCGCCGCCUGGGUCACGACCAUGCCCAGGCCAACAAUCUCGCUGCCAGGUCGCUCAAUCUAGCGGGCAAGACGGUCACGAUCACGGACAGCUCGCGCACCCAGGCGACCUCACUGCCGGAGAUCGUUGUCUUUGUCGACAAGAACGGCACGCCUGUGACGACGGCGGAGGCUAUAGUCGUCCUCGUCCCACCUACUAGCAGUGCGUCGGCGGUGGGCAAGGCAGCCCAUUCGCCUCCUGGUACCCGAACUGUGACUGGAGUACCAGCAGGCCCCACGGGUGGCUCGCCGCCGCAAGGUCCCGGUUCGCCCGUCAAUAAUGCCACGGGCGAUGGCCUUUUCGGGGUGGCGUACGCCCCUUACAACGCAGAUGGCGGUUGCAAGUCGGCCACCCAGAUCAUGCAGGACUUUGGUGUCAUCGCCAAGACGUACGGAUUCGUGCGUGUGUACGGUAUCGACUGCAACCAGAUCCCCAACGUCUACGCCGCCGCCAAGACCAACAACCUCAAGGUGUUCUUCGGCAUCUUCAGCCUCGACGACCUGGGCGACCAGAUCGCCACGCUUGUGCAGGGCAUCCAGAAGGACUGGUCGAUCGUCGACACGGUCAGCAUCGGCAACGAGCUGGUCAACAACGGGCAGGCGUCCCCCCAGCAGAUCCUGGACGCGCUCAAGAGCGGCAGGGCCCUGCUGAAGCAGUCGGGCUGGACGGGCCCGGUGGUGACGGUGGACACAUUCGUGGCCGUGCUGGCGCACCCAGAGCUGUGCAAGGCGAGCGACUACUGCGCGUGCAACAUCCACCCGUUCUUCGACCCCAACACGGCGCCGGGGCAGGCCGGGGUGUUCGUGGCCAACCAGGUGCAGAACAUCCGCAACAAGCUGGGUGACCCGUCUGCGCGCGUGCGCGUGACCGAGUCGGGCUGGCCAUGGCAGGGCUCGGCCAACGGACAGGCGGUGCCGGGGGUCGAGCAGCAGGCGGCGGCUAUCAGCAGCAUCCGGGCGGCGUUCGCCAGCAACCCGCAGGACAUGGUCCUCUUCUCGGCGUUCAACGACCUGUGGAAGAAGGCGGACCCGCCAACGUUCUACGCGGAGCAGUACUGGGGAAUAGGAACUGCCAAUGCUCCUUCUGCGUGA